AUGAAUUCAUUAAAAGAACAAUUAGAAAAGAAAAGAAAAGAAGUACAAGCUUUAAAAGAAAAGAAGGAAGGUGGAGCAGGAGGAUCGGGAUCAUCAUCAUCAUCAUUACAACCAGCACAAAAGAAAUACAAGACAAGAGGUGAAAUUGAAAGAGAGGAAAGAGAGAAAAAGGAAGAUGAAAAGAGGAAAAAAGAACAAGAGAUAUUAGAAAAGAGGAAAAAGGAACAAGAAGAAGAACAAAGAAUAGAAAAGGAAAAACAAGAUAAAGAAAAAGAAAAACAAAAUGAUCAAGAUUUUAUAUUACCAAAAAGUUUAAUUAUUAAAAGAUUAAGAUUAAGAGGACACCCAAUAACUUAUUUUGGAGAGACUGAUCAAGAUCGAGCCGAAAGAUUAAGAUUGUUGGAAGAAAAUGAACCUGUUGAAUAUCACCAAGGUGAGAAUGAUUUUGCAAAAUUGCUUAAAGAGAUUGACGACGAUGGCGAUGAUGUACAUGACGAAGAUGGAAAAAAGAAGAAAAAGGAUACCGAUUAUCUCGAUCAAGACAAUGAAGAUGAUUUAAAGGUCGAGGCAAAGAAAUCAAAAGAUGGCAAUAUUUAUUACUUUCUAUGGCGACUUCUUAAAGAUUGGCAACAACAUUUGGAUGAACGUCCAGAUGAAGAAAAAAAAUCGAGACAGGGUAAACAUGCAAUGGCUAUCUUUUAUCAAGCCACAGCUCACAUUAGACCAUUGUUUGGACAUCUCAAAGAUAAAACACUACCACAAGAAUUGUUGGAUCAUAUCUAUGAAAUUUCAGAGUUUUGUAAACAAAGAGAAUAUGUAAAGGCAAAUGAUUCAUAUCUUCAAAUGGCUAUUGGAAAUGCUGCAUGGAGUCUUGGUGUAACCAUGGUUGGUAUUCAUGCUCGUUCUGCUAGAGAAAAAAUUAAUUCAAAUCAAAUUGCUCAUGUAAUGAAUGAUGAAACUAAAAGAAAAUAUAUUCAAGCUGUAAAGAGAUUAAUCACAUUUUGUCAAAAGAAGUAUCCCAACAACCCAUCAAAAUGUGUUGGAUAA